AUGGGCUUGUUCCAGCUUCUGCUCCUCACUGGACUUAUUGCAGUGCCUAAUUCAUAUGCUGUAUAUUCGGAUGAGCAGAAUGACGGCGAUUUUAAUCCAUACCUUAACCUGGGUGCAAAAACUCCACUGAUUGAAGGAGAUAUGGCAAUACCUCCAGGACGCAAUGCUCUCAGCAACACUGCAUACAGAUGGAAAUUUCCCAUACCUUACAUUCUGGCUGAUAGUCUGGAUCUGAAUGCCAAAGGUGCCAUCUUCCAAGCAUUUGAAAUGUACCGCUUGAAAUCCUGCGUAGACUUUAAGCCAUACAAUGGAGAGAAGACAUACAUCAAGUUUGAGAAAUUUGAUGGGUGCUGGUCCAUGGUUGGAGACCAGCAGACUGGUCAGAACCUCUCUCUAGGCAGCGGGUGUGACCACAAGGCAGUGAUUGAGCAUGAGCUUCUGCAUGCCCUGGGCUUUUACCAUGAGCAGUCCCGCACAGACCGUGAUGACUAUGUGGACAUCUGGCUUGACCAAGUCAUUCCAGGCUUGGAGCACAAUUUUAACAAGUACGAUGACAGCUAUAUUACUGACCAAAACACUCCCUACGAUUAUGAGUCUAUCAUGCACUAUCGUCCGUACUCCUUCAACAAGAAUGCAAGUAUUCCAACCAUCACCACGAAGAUUGAGGCUUUCAACAACAUCAUCGGCCAGUACUUGGACUUUAGCAGCCUUGAUGUUCUGAGGCUGAACAGGAUGUAUAAUUGCUCCUCAUCUCUCACACUGCUGGACCAGUGUGCCUUUGAGUACAUCAACAUCUGUGGCAUGAUCCAGAGUUCUAGUGAUGAUGGAGACUGGGUUCACACCUUGAGCUCUCCCGGGACAGAAGAUCACACUCUCUCUGGCCGCUGUAGAGAGGCAGGUUACUACAUGUAUUUCAACACUCAAACUGGAAAGGUGGACGAGUCUGCUCUGCUAGAGUCCCGGACUCUGUACCCCAGGAGAGAGCUGCAGUGUCUGCAGUUCUUCUACAAGAUGACAGGAAGCAUGAAGGACAGGCUUGUGAUUUGGGUGAAAAUGGACGACGGGACAGGAAAAGUCAGAAAACUGAUGAAAAUGCGAACAUUUUAUGCGGAUGACGACCAUACUUGGAAAAUUGCCCAUGUGCCUCUGGAAGUGGGUGUGAAAUUCCGCUACGCUUUCCAGGCUGUCCGAGGAGACCCAGCUCAGUCCAGGGGCGGGAUAUUCAUUGAUGAUAUCAGCCUGACAGAGACCCGCUGUCCCAAUGCAGUCUGGCAGAUUCACAACUUCUCCCAUGUGCUGGAGACAUCCAACCGGAGCACUGUUCUCCUGAGCCCGCGCUUCUACAGCCCCGAGGGGUACGGCUACGGGCUCCGCCUCCUGCCGCACUCGGACCACGUGGACUACACAGGGGGGUACACGGGGUUCUUCUUCCAGCUCACCAGUGGUGAGAAUGAUGCCGUCCUGCAGUGGCCCGCGGUAAACAGACAGGCCACCAUCACCGUGAUGGACCAGGAUCCUGACAUCAAGUUGAGGAUGUCCUCAGCCCGCAGCUUGACCACAGACAUGAGGAAGACUGAAGAUGGCAAACUCUUCUGGGAUAAUCCUGCAAAAACAGGAACCUAUGAUGCAGCUUGUCAGUGCUACAGAGGAAAUUCAUGGGGAUGGCAUUCAUUCAUAAAACACUUUGACCUGCGCCGACGGAAUUACAUGAAAAACGAUGACCUUAUUGUCUUCAUUGAUUUUGAAGAUCUAACGUCCCUGAUCAAAACUGAAGUCCCGGUCAAUCCAAAGCAGUGAGCUGGCUGAUGAAGUUCAUAUC